CAGCCGGGCCGCUGGCUAGCUAUUUCCAUUUGUUUCGAUUCAGGCUCGAUCGAACUUUGAGCCCGCAGCUAGCUAGGGUAGCCUCUCAAACCUUAUCUCUAUCCUCUGCACGAGGAGACGUACGAUGGCAUGUGUGUGAUGUGAGCGCCACGCCUCCCUCAGCUCCCCACAUGCAGCAGCUUCCAGCGCCGCCGGUCGCCUCCGGUGCAACGCCGCCGUCACCAACAAGCAUGUCGCCAUCACCGGUAGCAGCGUCGUCAACGAGAGCAACGACAAGCAGGCGGCAGCUGCUCGCGUCGUCCAGCGGCAUGCUCCUCGCCGCCGGCAGUAGUAUCGUCAGCACCGGCGCCGGCGCGCGAGCUGCUGCUGACGGAGGAGCAGGAGGAGGAGAAGGGCAGGGUUUAUUAGUGAGGUACGAUGGGCCGGCGUUGGUGACGGAGGCGGAGAGGGCGGCGAGCGCGGCGGUGUCGCGGCGCGUCGGGGAGGCCGUGGGGCUGCUGGAGCUGGGGCGGGAGCUGCAGGCGCGCGGCGAGUUCCCGGAGGCGCUGGCGUCCUUCACGCGCGUGGUGGCGGAGUACGCGGACCUGGCGCUGUCCGAGUACGCGCGGGUGGGGCGGGCGCUCGUGCUCUACGAGAUCGGCGACCGCGAUCAGUCCAUCGCCGAGAUGGAGGACGUCUCCAUCGCGCUCAAGGGAUACCCAGAGAUCCACGCGGCGCUGGCGGCGGCGCUGUACGCCGACAAGCACGCGGCCCUGCUGGCGGAGAACCAGUUCGCCAUCGCCACGCUGCUGGACCCGCACUACACGGACCUCGCCUACGUCAGGGACACCAAGCACUGGCCGCCCAGCCUCGUCGACUCACUCCACGACUUCAUCACCCUCUCCUAAGCUAGACUGGAGUACUGUGCUAGUCUUUAUUAGUUAGCACCUCCAUCCAUCACUAGCUCGAUCCCAAAAUCAUUCUCAACUAGCAGACAUCAGUUGCAUUGGUGUAUACUACUUGUAUACUACUAUACUAGAUUGUUAUAGCAUUGUCCUGUCACCUGUGUUCGAUUCGAGGAACCAAUGUAAGCCACCAUCAGGCAAAAGGUUUUGCUUGCACUUUGAUAAAUACAUGGAAAUAUUUGUACUUCAGGUAGA